AUGCUUUUGUACACUGAUAUCAUCUCUGGUGACGAACUCUUCUCUGAUGCCUAUCCCAUCAAGGAAAUUGACGACAUCGCCUAUGAGGUCGACUGCCAAAUGAUCACUAUCAAGGAAGGUGAUGUUGAUAUCGGUGCCAACCCCUCUGCUGAAGGUGGUGACGAAGGUGUUGAGGAGUCUGCUCAAACCGUCAACAACGUUGUCUACUCUUUCCGUCUUACCGAGACUGCCUUUGACAAGAAGUCCUACAUGAGCUACAUCAAGGGUUACAUGAAGGCUUUGAAGAAGAAGCUCGAGGAAUCCAACCCUGAGCGUAUCCCUGCCUUCGAAAAGGGUGCUGCUGCUCUCGUCAAGAAGAUCUUGGGUAACUUCAAGGACUACGAAUUCUUCGUUGGUGAGUCGAUGGAUCCCGAGGGUAUGGUCUGUCUCUUGAACUACCGUGAUGAUGGUGUCACCCCCUACUUCACCUUCUUCAAGGAUGGUCUUAAGGAGCAGAAGUUGGUAAGUGUCUUUGUUUUCUUUCUUUGGGCGGCAUCCAAAAUUCCCUGA